AUGAACAAAAAACGUUUGAAAAUUGAAUGGAACACAUUUACCCGGUGUUUAAUCAACAAAGCUGAUAACAAUUUGUUUUAUUCAAAAUUGCUCAGAUAUCACGUUUGGCCUAUUGAAAUAUUCAUUUCUAAUAAAGGAAAUCAACAUAAAUCUGCAAAAUCGGAAAAAAAAUCAAAAUCUGUUGCAACUUCCGGUACAACUGUUAAUUUUGAACAUUUUAUUGGAUUUUUAAAUAUUUCUGCAUUGCUUUAUCCGGGAGGUAAUUGA